ACCGGGAACCGUUAUAUUAUAGUGGGUAUCAUUGCGGUUUCGAAAUUUGCUAUUAUAGCUAAUUCAUUAAUUGUAUUGAUAAGAACAUGACACACUGGCAUUGUUUAUAUAAUACGAUUAGUACCGGUUUGUAAACGUGGACUUCGAAUGUAUCUGGAUGAAUGUUGACUGCCCAUUGACAGUUUUGAUUCAUCACUGAGACAAAAUGCCGACAUCAGAGGAGCUAUCUGCAGUGAUGGCUAACUAUAACAAGCUGCAGUACUUUGAGGAGUUGUCACAUGGACUGUCCAAUUCACUGAAGAAUUCCUUGUUUACUGACGUCCAGAUUGAGGUAGAUGGGGACAUCUUCAAUUGUCAUCGUAUAAUCCUAGCCUCCAUGUCACACUACUUCAAAACCAUGUUUACCUCAAACUUUAAAGAGAGUGGUUUGCCAAAAGUACACCUGAAGGACUUGGAUAAAGAGAUCUUUAAGGCUGCUUUAGAGUACAUAUACACAGGACAAAGUUCAGUCAAGAGCAGCAAUGUCUACCACCUGCUCUCCUGCUCAUCAAUGCUACAAAUCAAGGGUCUUCAGGCCAUUUGUAGUGAAUUUUUAAGGAAGAGCUUGUCUCACAACAACUGCAUUGGGAUCUGGAAAAUGGCAACCGGGCAUGGACUACCAAAGUUGCAAGAAGACAGCUGGAACACAAUCCAGCAGAAAUUUCCAGAAGUUUCCAAAUGUGAAGAAUUCCUACUUCUCACAAAGGAUGAACUUGUCCAGAUCAUAGAUUGUAAGGAUUUGUUCACAAGUAAGGAGGAGGAUGUGUGUGAUGCUGUACUGCGGUGGGUCAAUGGGGACAAAGCCAGGAAAAAGGGGUUAAAGGAAGUGUUCAAGGUCCUACGCCUGACUCAGAUGUCUCUGGAUUACCUGUGUAACAUCAGAGACUGCGAAGAGAUAGAAGAGUGCUCGGGAUGCCGUAGUCUUGUCUUAGAGGCCAUUGACAAAAUUAACUCUGCCCUCCCCAAUGAAUAUACUUGUCCAGAAUCUGAAUACAGGGAGGAAGAAGUCAUCUGUAUGGUGGGAACAAGGAGCAGAGAACCCAAUCCCCAGAAGAUAGAGGUCCUGUGCUACAGCUUCAGACAUGACCGGGAUUUCAAACUCUCUACACUGCCAGUGGAGCCAGGACCCUGUUUUGCAGUAUGUAUACUGAACAGGGACAUCUACAUAUCUGGGGGUUAUAAUGAACAAAACCUGAUGCUUCACUUCAACACAGAACAAAACAUGUGGUCUGAGUGCAAGAAGAUGGUGAUUGAGCGAUGGUCUCAUUCCAUGGUGGCUGUGGGUAAACAUCUCUACUUAGUAGGAGGAACAUCCAAGACCAACGAAACCCUGUCCAGCAUUGAAAAAUUUGACCCCAAAACACAAACCUAUGAAGAGAUAGGUCAACUAGAAGUUCCUGUGUCUUCCAUGACUGCUGCUGUGUUUGGAACAAAAAUCAUCACUUUUGGAGGGAAGCUGAAAGAUCGAACAGCAGCUUCUGUCAUCCAGUACUUUGAUGUUGCCACAAAAACAAAAGGGUUGCUAGGAAACCUUCCAGAAACAUGUGCAGGCAUUAUGGGAAGAGCUGUCCACUUUGAGGACAAAUUAUUCAUAGUUUUUAGGGAGGGGCAGAUUGUGGAGUAUUCUGAGGACAGGGGAGCCUCCAUAGUCUGUAACAUUGUCAAAUUUGAUCACUUUGGAGCUGUGAUGCAUGAAGGGGAGGUUCUGAUUCUGGGAAAUCGCAGUGGUACUUUCUAUGCCGUCCUCUUUGAUCCACAUAGUGGGAAAGCUAGGAACAUUCCAGCACCCUUCAAGGCUCCAAUGUGUAACUUCUACUGUCUACAGACAGUUGUGAGCAAGAGAUACCUUAAAUAAGCAGCUAAAGUUUUAGUUACUCAUUUUCAAUAAAAAUGUCAACACUGAACACUGACAAUACACAUUUUAUAUAAAUUGAUCAAUGCUGGCCAUACUAAGUAUUUUUAACAAAGUUGGCUGAGAAUCUUUUGUUAUUUCAGUUUUGUUCUUUUUUUGUAAUUUUAACAGUUUUAGCAGUUUAAUUUAUUUUUGCAAUUUUCCAGAUUUAAAAUAUGAACAAUUUUUUUUCUCAGUUUUCUACUUUUGCUUUAUAUACUUGUACAACGGUAUACAAUGUUGCUUUGAUAACUAGCUAUAUAGUCCUUAAUCUUUACAUAAUUUUUCAAAUGAAUAACUUGUUUCUAUUUCUAUAGAAAAUGUUUGCGUUUUAACAUAUUGAAGACUUGCUUUAUUUAAUCAUUUGAUAAUUUUAUAUUGUUAAUAUCAUGAUCUACAC